AUGAAAUAUUUCCGCUACGCACUUUUAUUGGCAGCCACCUUGUCGAUUUCAUUCAUAUACAGUAAUCGAGUGGCUUUUAGUAUUACGGUACUUUGUCAGAAGGAGCAAUAUAAGACGACUGGUGAGUUUUGAACGGGAUUCAUGGAUUUUGAAGUUUGAAACGUUUAUAGUUUGCUCAAAGGCCGCUGAGUUUUUGAAUUUGCAUAGAUCAUUUUCCUUGAGUUCUUGGAGCGAAUAGACUUUUUCAAGACACUGGCAAAAGGAAGAAAUUUCAUGAGCAGUUCCUUUUUUUUUUCUGAUGUAUGAUCUUGAUGAAAACGAUUUUUUAUUGUAGAUAGUUUUUUGCGAACAGCUCAUUUCUUUUAUAGUUUUGGUUUCUGCGCUUUCCUCUUAAACACUGGAAGCUGUGUCGAUCAUGACUAAAUUUAAAUUUCUAAAAAUUUAGAGCUUUUUGGAUUCAAAUGGUCUUUUUUUCCCAGAAAACUACUACUUACUCGAUAAGACCGCCGAGAAAUGGAUGUUCACAAUCACUGCUUUGGGCAUGUUUGUCGGCCCGAUCCCAUUGUAUUUUGUGUACAAAUUGGAUACUCGGUAUGAUUAUUCGGGCAUAGUCUGAAUGGUAUAUAAAGACCGCUAAAUGGGAGAGGCUCAUGAAAAGGUCGCAGAAAGGCAGCUAAAGAAGCCCUUUUAUCGAGCCUUCUAUCUUUUCUACAAUUUUAAAAGCUUACGUAGUAGCGCGACACCAAAAAGGAGCCUUCGUCAUCGUGAAAGGAACAUUUCCAUGAAACCUUCCUGAUCCUUUCCCACUUUCCCUAUGUAUAUCUUUUUAAAAAUCAAUUAAAACAUUUCUUCGAUUCUCAGGAUUUUAAUCAUUUUCUACGCGACGUUAGCCUUCCUUUCCUGUGCCCUUUUUCCAUUGGCUGAUUCUUUUGGAUUCAUGCCAGCUUUAUUCUGCAGGUUUCUGUCGGUUGGUAUUUUCCAAUGAAGUUGUUCGAGAGAACAAUAUAUUUUAAUUAAUUAAAAUUCAUAAAAAAAUGCUGUUAAUGUUAAAUUAUUGAAUUUUUUUCUGAAAAACGAACUCAAUUCUUAAAGCCAUCGCGAUAAUUAUCAAAGAACAUGAAAUAUAUCAAUUUCCAGGUAUUCAAAGAAUCUUUAGAUUGAUUUGAUCUUUGAAAAAUAUGAAUGAAAAAAAAAUUGCCGACUUUAAUUAAAAACAUAAAGCUUUUUGAAAAUUGCCAAAUUAUUUCAAGUUUUGGUCCAUGAACUUUUUCUAUAAUUAGAAUUUCCGUGGAUUUUGUGUGAUUUUGGAGUUUAGGGAGUCGCUCAGGCGGUCCAGCUCAACUUUAUCAAUGAAGUUGCUCAAAGAUGGGCUCCAGAAGCGGAAAUUUCACUUUUCGUGGCCGUUCUACUCGCCACAGCUCACGUUUCACGAGGACCUUCGAAAAAAUCCAUUCAUAUAUUUUCUAGUUCGGUCCUUUGUUCAUCAUGAUUUUUGGCGGAGAAAUGUGCGAAUCUUCGUGGUUCGGCUGGGAAUGGACCUAUUAUUUCCUGGCCAUUUUGAUAUUUUCAUCAACCGCUGUUUUCAUCAUCCUCUACACAGAUGAAGUCCACAUGAAUAGGUUUCAAUUUUUCCUGAGUAUUUUUUGUGAGAACACUAAAUAAGGUUCGUGGAGGGUGACGAGAAGAAGCUGAUCUUGGCCGGAAAACAGCCGGAAAAAGAAAAACCGUCGGUUCCUUGGAGGCCUUUGCUCGAAGAUCCCACCAUUUGGGCUAUAAUUAUCCUCUUUUGCGGAUUCUACUUUGGCAUGAUCAUUUAUCAGCAAUAUAGCCCGAUUUUCUUCAGAGAGGUUAGCGAUUUUGCUUCCUGAAGCCCUUCUGAAAAUACUCUGAGUUUGUAGAAUCUGGAGAAACUCCCAGUUAAACUUUCUGAGUAAAAUCAUGUCUAAGAUUGAUAAAAUUAAAGACUAAGUGGACUCACCGAAUUAUAUUGUUAUCAAACGUCUUAACGUCUAGUAGACAGUGAUUUUGAGUAUAUCUCUUUUUUUAGGAAGCAAAACUAGGACGAUGAAUAACGUGGAAAAUUGGAUAAAAUGCGAGAAGUUCUAUCAAAUUAAUACUUUCUGAAAAUCACUUAGUUGAGAUAGAAACUUUAAGAACUUCAACCUUCUAUCUUUUUCCAUCAUUCCAUUUGUAGGUACUCCAUUUUCCGGUCCGUUCCAGCGGCUAUUUCGCUGCGAUUCCAAUGAUAUUCGCCAUCAUUGUGAAAGUGAUUGUCGCUAAAAUGAUAGGUAAAUUAUUGCUUUGGCCGCACUUGGAAUAGCUCGAAGGUUUACGGUAGCGUGGCGAUUAUAUCCGUUUAAGGCCAACUUGACUUGAAGAAGUUUGCUGUGAUGCUUUUCUGCGCUAGUAGUUACGGGUCGAGCGCAAAAUCCUUUCUGGAAGCGUUUUUUAAAGCACUAAACUUCAAUUUUUAGACUCUGACCCUUUUCAAAUCGGAAAAUCGUGGUCCCUCGCCUUGCCUCUCGUUAUUUUAGAGUUCGUCAGUUCUGUUUUAAUUAUCUUGGCUGGAAUUGUAAGAUAUUCUACGUGUUAAACCAUAUGACGCAUGAUUUUCUAAGCUGAUCGAGGCUCGACACGCCGUUUUGAUCCUCGACAUGGCAUUUGCUUCGAUCCACUUCUUCGUCCCUAUUAUCACUAGCCGAGCUUUUCAGAUUGUUAGUUUCAAUUGAUUCCCAAAUUUUUCUUUGUAAUUCAAUAUCAAAAAAGUAUAUUUCAGAGAGCCGGCCCUACAGCUCACUUUGCCAUCAAUAUUUCGGUUGUUUUGAGUUCAAUUGUCCAUAUUUUGAUCCCAUUUUUGGUUGACUUCGUAGCGCCCAACAACACGAAACAGGAGGUUUUCAAUUUUCACGAGUUUCGAAUUUAAUUCGGAAAUCAAAUUUUUUCAGUGGGCCACCAUGUUCUUCAUCGUCGCCUUCGUUAUCCUGAUCACUACGGGAAUCUACUUGUUUUUCUCGGAUUUGAAGCCCGCGCCGUGGUUGGGGCGACUCGAAACUGUGACUCCGCCCAUUUAUAUGUCUCAGUUGAGUAAAAGUUUGAAAUGAACUUGCGAGGGGGGAGAAAAGUUGGAGAAAAUAGUUUGUGAAUAAAAACUGGAUACGACGAAUUUUAUAAAUGUUUUUCAAGAUGGUCUUUUUCAAACUUUGUAAUUUCAAGUUAAAAAGUUCACAAGGUAGGUCUUUUUUUUCGUGUGUCUGAGAAUUUUCUGAAAACUGGCCAACUUACUUCUUGAUGAUGUACUGGAAGAGAAUCCUGAGAGUCUCAACCUCCAAAACUUCUUAGUUUUCGAGAAACAAGGGCUCAAAGUCCCAAAAUGACCAAAUUCAACUGUUUUUGAUGGUUUUUUUUUUACUUUGAGACGUUUUUUCCCGAAAAGUAGAAUUUAUUUAAGGCUUCCAGAACCUUCAUGAUUCAUAUCAAGGAGUUUUCUGAUCAAUUUUCAGAAAAAUUGCAGCCGCAAAGACCUUCCUUGUGAGAAGGAGCCAAAAAUGAGGUCAGGUCCAUUUUUGCUGUCAACCUAUCGAUAUAAUCCUUGGCUUUUCAAACAUAGUCGUUUUCAUCAUUCCUAACGACAGACUACAAGUUCAGUAAUGAAAAAAAAAUCUUUCUAAUUUUCGUUUGUUUUGCUAUUCGACUCUUUUAUUUUUAGUUAGCAACCUGUUUUUUUUUCGACUCUUUCGGUCUUCGGUUUGAACCUUACCAACAAUCAUUCGAUUAUCCAUUCCAUGUCUCACUCAAAACAAUCAAAAGGUAGCGAUAAGGUGUGUUAUUCGUAUUUUGUGAUGUCGCCGGUGACCCUCCUUGCCGUCUCCCUGCUCAUCUAUCUCCUUUUCAAGCAUUUCAAAAAACGCUCCGAGUAUCCGAAAGGUUCGAACUUCAGUGCAAUCAACUUGAAGUUGACACACAAACGUUUUGAUAGGACCCAUCCCGAUCCCACUUUUUGGAAAUCUGCCGGAGAUUUUCGCCGUCGCCAGUGCUACCGGUGGAAUCGUUCCCGCUUUCAAUCACUUUAAAAAGGUAAAACAACUCAAGGGCCCAUCAAAAUUGAGUUAGAAUCAAAAUAGUGUACUCCACUGCGAAAACUUGCAAGACUUUAAAAAAGCGUCAAUUAUUCAAAGUUUUAGCCCCGAUUAUGAAUUCAGGCUUUGAAUUCAGAAACGAGCCUAGAACCUGUUCAAAAAAAACAAGUUUCAAAUUUUGAGCAAACCAUUGCGUAGAGGAAGAGUUAUGAGUGUGCAAUAGAGAUAUGAUAGGCUAUUCUUAACUUUUCAACUUACACAAAGUAAAUCAAAAAAGUGUAGUUUGACGAUUUUGAGAGCCCGUAGAUAUUCUCCAUCAGCAAGGACUUCUACAGAAAUAUGGACGAGUGUUCACCUUAUGGAUCGGGCCGAUCCCGACGGUCCACAUCUGCGACUACGAACUGGCCUUCGAGACUAUGACGACCAGAGGCGCCGAAUUCGGAACUCGGUCUCUUCCUGGUGUUCUCAACGAUAUUCGCUGUAUGACUUCUAUUCCUUGGAUAAGUGUAACGUGUAGUCCCAUCUCCCUAUGAAAAAAAAAAUGAUAAGGAUCAAAUUGUUAAACAGUCGGCCGUGGAGUUCUCGCGUCGAAUGGCGAGUUUUGGAUGGAGCACAGAAGAUUCGCUCUUUUCACCCUUCGAAACUUUGGCGUUGGCCGAAACGUUAUGGAACGUCGGAUUAUGGAUGAGGUUCAUCAGAGGUACAGGAAUACUCACAAAAACAUUCAAAAACAGCGAUAUCUUGACAAAGCUUCCUAACGAAAAAUUAAAACGUUUCUCUUUUUUCUGGAAGUUUGCUACGAGAAAAUUUGAGAAAGAUUACUUUUUUUGCCAAGGGCUAUGAAAACUUGUAACUUUUGAAUUUCAAAAGCUUCCAUCUUCAAUGAAAUUUGUAACUUUUUUCACUGAUUCGAUAAAGUCGUGUAAAUAUUACAAGACUUUUUUAUAGUCUGUGUGCCAAGACUUGGAAUUUCACCGAACGACAUUCCGCUGUUCCGCUGCGUCUCGCAGCGUCUUUGCGAGCCUCGACCUCGCUUUGAGUUGGUUCUAAUGUCAUAGAUGGACUGUUCCACUAGGAACACGUGUUGUUCGAGUUCUCAAACAAAAUGAAAAAUUAAAAGCGCGGCCGAGCACGCAGCGGUACAGCGGAAUGUCGUUCGGUGAAAUUCCAAGUCGUGGUACACAGACUGCAACUUGGAAAUUAAACAAAGAACUUUAAAAGUUUACGCGAGAUUCAAAUUGAAUCUAAAAAUUUUUAUUCCAAGUCUUCAAUACUGAGUUUUUUCUUUCACUUUGAACUGAACUCGUGGAACUUCAUGAAUAUUUAAAUAGAAUUUAUAAAAUUUACACAUUCCAAGCUUGAUUAUUUAACUCAGGUUCACCUACCUCAACGAGAAAAACGUUAGAAUAAAAGACAAUUCUGUGGAUGUUGUCAAGUUCUUCGAUCUCCUCGUUGGCAGCAUCAUCAACAGUAUGCUUUUUUCGGAAAGAUUUGAGGCGGUAGUCGACUUUUUCCCGAACGGAAACAUUUAUGGUUCUCAGAACGAUAAGACGUUCGCCGAAUUGAAACGGCUCCUCGACGAAUCUCUUCAGGAAUUCAAUCUGUUGGAUUUAUUCGCUCCGAUGUGGCUCAUGAAAUCUCCCUUGUUGAGAUGGAGGUUUGUGAGAAGAACCAACUCAAAUAUAAGCAAUUGGACAAAAAAUAGGAACUUUAAGAUAACAAGUUCGAAAAAAUAGAGAUUUUGUUGCUAUGAAGAAAGUACAAGCAUACGUUCAGGUACAACUGCUUGAUGGGCCCAUUCCACGGAAUAGUAAACGUCGUCAAAAGACAGAUCGCGGCUAGGUAAGCUAUAAAAAGUCCUUAAAGUUGAGAGGGUUUUUGAGAACUUAGUCCUCUAGGGAAAAUUCGAAAACUCAAGAAAUUGGCCAUGAGGUUGAUGAGAUUCACAAUAUUCAUAAAAGUUCGUAAAACUCACUUAUCAAGAAUAGCGAAAACACCAAAUUUCUAUAUAGCCUGUGUACUACGACUUGGAAUUUCACCAAACGACAUUCCGCUGUACGGCUGCGUGACUUUGCGAACCUUGGUCGCGCUUUUAGUUCUUUUCUUUUAUUAAGGUACUCUACUUUCAUGAGCUUCCACAGAAUUAACAAUCAAUUGAAAACGUGACCUAUAUUCGAAAGGCGCUUCGCGAACGCACGCAGCGGAACAGCGGAAUGUCGUUACGUGAGAUUUCAAGUCGUGGCACACAGAAUAUAGUUUUAUUUUAUUUUCUCAGGGUUGAGGAGAUCGAGCAGGGACGUCAUGUGAUCGCCGAUGACCCUGAUGAUUUCGUGGAUGCGUAUCUUUUGAAAAUGCAGAAAAACAAGGAAAACGGCGAAGAAUCUUCGACUUUUGAGUGGGUUCGAGACAAUAUUUAUAUGAUAUUCAGCCUCAAAAAUCAUCUCAAUAAAAUUGAAGUCAAGAGUUUUGCAGCUACACAAAAAAAAUUUAAAUUUCUCACUAGUAAGGUAAUUUUGUGCUCUGAUAACGAUGUUUUCUGAAAUUGAAAUUUAAAAUAUAAUCAUGAAAUAACUAUUUGAGCGUUCAUUCAUUUGUUUUAGGAGUUUUUAGGUAUUUCUCUCAUGAAUUUUAUGAUUUUGGUGCCUAAUUAAUCUCGUAUUGUUCAGCCUGGAGAACUUGUCCAUAGAUUUACUGGAUCUAUGGAUUGCCGGUCAAGAAACUACGACGACUACGUUAGUUUGGGCCACCGUCUUGUUACUGAAUCAUCCUAAGGUAUGAAUUCAUCCUUUUCGGAUAAUGGGAGGCGAAAAGAGUUGGAAGUUGCGUCUUACAUUUUUCUGAAGAUGCAAAGAUCCUGUAAGGCUGAAUUAAACAAACUUCGAGGUACUACUUGAGAGAUGCAUUUGCUUUCAUUGAAACCAUUAUAAAUUUACUGAGGAACCGCUUGAGUACUUAGGAAAAAGAUUUCAAACUACAUUUCUUAAGAGACUACUUUAGUUUUCCACGUUUGAAAACAGUUCUAAGUUUGCAAUCUUUUUAAGGAAACCUGUGUAGAAUUUUCGAGUUACAGCUUCAAUGAGUGACCUUUUAAGUGAGGAUUCCAAUUAUUUUGAUUACCAAGAUCAAAAAAAUUCUGUUUUUGGCACUUUUUCUUUAAGGUAAAAAUAGAAGAAUUCGUUUGGAGGUCCAAAAAAAAACGUGAAAAAUUUAACUCUUACUUGAAGCCCCUUUCUACUUUUCUGUCGUUAUAAAUGGUCUUGAAAGGAAGAAGAACGCGUGAGACGGGAACUACUGUCGGUGACCGGCGGCAGAGAUUUAUCUUUGUCGGAUCGUUCCGCAACACCCAAUCUCAACGCUUUGAUUGCGGUAAAUGCCUUCACAAAAGCAAAAUAAAGUAAAUGAAAUUCCAGGAGGUCCAACGAAUCGCUUCGAUUCUGAACAUUAACUUGCUUCGUUGUGUUAAUAAGGUAAACUUGAAAAUCAAUAUUAAAAAGUGCUCCAAUUUAUCAAAAAAAUUAAUGAUUUUUUUACCCCGUGGCAUUGCAAAGAAUGAUGUGAUGCUUCGCGGCAUAUUUCAAUGGCCCCGAACAAAAAAUACCUUCGCGUUUUAGCCUUUAGUAUGACAGGGCAAUAGUCGCAUCAGGUCGGGCGCAUCUUCUGCGACAGAGAGAAAUUCCUACCGCCAGAAACGUAGUUCAAAUCCAACGCUUGGAGUUUCUCCAAAAUUUAUUCUAUUAAAGUUAUAAGCUCGCGGAAAAUCUUCAGUAAAACGACCGAAUUCACAAAAAUGAAAGUUCGCACGUUCUUUUUUUGUUUUUGAUAAAAUUUUUUGGAGUUUUUAACCGCUUUAUAAAAUUAGGACACAACUAUUGAUGGACAGCCCCUGGCCGCGGGAACUGUCGUCACGGCCCAACUUUCUGCAAUACAUACAGAUGAGACGCUUUUUGAAGACUCUCAUGAGGUUUUAGGAUGGCUUUCGGAAAUCUGUGACAGUUUGGAAAUGAUUUUCAGUUCAAGCCAAGCCGAUUCCUGAAGAAUCCCAAGCUGGAGCCCAAGCUCAUACCGUUCGGAAUCGGGAAGCGAGUUUGUUUGGGAGAAUCUUUGGCGAGGGCCGAACUGUACUUGGUUCGUUUUGAUGGCAUACAAAUUGUUUUUCUUCGGUACAAAGAUAAUUAGCUAGAUAUGAAUAUUUGUGAUCGAUUUCCAAGAGACUUUUGAAUUGAAAAAAAAAUAAUUACCUCUGAAAUUUUUAAGUGUCUUGAUCACAUUUGAACCAAUUUUUGGUAGACUCGACGCGUCUCAAUGAUUCAUACCGAAAUUGAUAACUUUCUGAUUUUAGAUCUUGGGCAACCUUCUACUACGCUACCGUCUGAAACCAGAAGGCGCCUUGCCCAGCACAAAAGAAACGUCGCCAUUUGGAAUGAUGAAGAGGCCCAUGAAAUGUCGCGCCUUCUUCGAGCCGAUUCCCGCAGAUUUUCAAUGA